UGAGACGGAAGUACCGAGGCUCCACAGAAUAAACAUCUGGAAGAAGUGCUAGGAUUUGCCAAAUACCGUUGUUCAGUUAUUUACUUAUUGGUGGGGUAGUUUCCAUACGUUUACUCGGCUUAUUGCAUGCCACUAUUAACUUGGGCAAGUUAAGCAAUAGCAGAAUAUCGCUUUUAGUUCUCACAAGCGAGGGCGAAUUAAAACGCUUCUUCUUUCUCCUUCGGAUGGUGACGAUGCCGAACCGUGAGACGCUUGAAACUCAGAUCGCGGCUGUGCUGGAGAUUUUAGCCAAAACGGCCGUGGCGGAGAUCUGUAAGAUCGUAGAUAGUCGCUGCGUGGAGAUCAGAUUGGAGAUGUGUCGCAGGCAGAAGGAGACCGAGGCGGCUCUGCGUAAAAAGGUCAAUUGUCUGGCGACAAGUGAGCGAGGUUCGGUGGCAUGUCACAGGCGCACGGUGGGGGUCCAGGUCAACACUACUGGGCACGAGUCCCCAGCUUGCCCCCUGGUGGCGGGGCAGUGCCAGGGCGGACCCCUGGGCAGCAGCAGCAGUAGGCCCUCAGGACUGGUGGUGAAGGUGGAGGAGGAGGACGACGAGGAGGAGAGGACGGGGAGCGGGACGGGGAGCGGGACGGGGAGCGGGAGCGUGGCUACUCGCGGCGCCUGCUACAGCCCCACUCAGGAAUUCUCUGUCAAUUUCUCCGUGUCCGAGAUCGACUUCCCCCUCUGGGCUCCGGAGCUGUCCGGUUCCGGUUCCGGUUCCGGUUCUGGGGUCUCGUUGGACCUGCUGCCCGGUGGUGCCGUCGAGCUGAGCGGCAGGACCCAGACCCGGCACUCUCCGACAUUGGGCCCGAGCCGGUCGGAAUCAUGCACGACUGACCCCCGCAGCAGAGCGGAGGCCAGCCAGCGGGUCAGGAUCAACCCGUUGUCAGCGUCGCCACGGCAACCAGAGUGUGGUGACCCGCCGCAGCUGGUCUCGUCCGGCAUCAAAAGCGAGCACCGCAGGCCCUGCUGGUCUUCCGCCGACCCGGAACCACGGAACGGCGCCGGAACAACACACGGCGGGAACGCGGCAGGAGAAGAAGACACAGCCUGGCACACACACACACGGCGGACGGGGACAGCUGCCGGAAAGAAACACACACUCACACACCACCCUGCCUCCAAUGAGCAGCGGGCGAAUGCGGACGCGGUCUUAGUCGCAGGUUGGGGCGGCGAGGAAGAGAGACUAUACCUGUGUGACAGGUGUGGGCAGGGUUUCUCUUGUCACCAGCUGCUUCACAGCCACAGAGCAACCCAGCACGCCGGGGAGAGAGAGAGGAGGCUGAGCGGAGACACACACAAGCAGACCAAGUGCACAGGCAGUGGAGAAUGGAAUUCCGAGGUGGACCGGAAGCUGGAAUGGAAUUCCGAGGUGGAUCGGAAGCUACAGUUAGAACUUCAGCGACUGCAGGACACGUUCUCCACGCAGGAGGACGACAUCAUGGAACCUGAUGACUCACAGUCACACACUCAGGACCCACACACACACUCCUCACAGAGUCAGGAAGGAAGACCCGGUUUCUUCCACCAGGGGCAGGGUGGUGGCAGGUCUUUGUGUGAGGAAUCUGUGGGCUUUGGCGACAUGCAGAUGGAGCUGAAAGCUGAACAGCUUGAGGAGGAAGAGGAAGAGGAUGAGGAGCGUUUUCAUCCUGGGCUACGUCACUAUAGCACGGAGCAGCAUCCUCCAGCGCCGGACUCCCAGUUUGAACACACAGAAGCUUCUGGUACCGGUCGGCUCGGCCCGGGCGCGAAGCCGCCGGGUUGGUACAGUUUGGACCCCACAGCAGGCGCGUCGCCAUCAACACUCCCGCGUGGAGUCUGGAGCGAGGUGGGCGGGGCCAGGCUAGAGGCCACGCCCCACAGCAUGCCCCUGCAGAGGCCCUCCACAAUCCCACAAUCCCUUGCUGCUCCCGGUCCUGGUCCGGGUCCGGCCCGGCUGACGAGGGAGUCAGCAUUCCCUACGGUCAACACUAUGCCAGCACCUCACACACGCUCCUUCCCUUCCUCCUCCUCCUCUUCCUCUUUCGCCUCCCCUUACUCCUCCUCCUCCUCAUCCUCCUCGUUCCUGCACCGCCGCGCCUUGUCACUGUCUCUGGCCACGUCUACGACAGCAGCAACGCCCGCUGCCACGUCAUCUGUCACCGCCAUGACAACUGGCACCACGCCACCCUCGCCCUCCGCCCUUCCCCCGCCGUUUGGGCCGUCGGCGCGCCUGUUCCGCUGCCCCUCGUGCCCCAAGAGCUUCGGCCGCUCGACGGACCUGGAGCGUCACCGGCGGGUGCACACGGGCGAGCGUCCGUACGGCUGCGGGGCCUGCGGCAAGAGGUUCAGCCUGCGCUGCAACCUGGUCACGCACGAACGCACGCACAGCGGCAGCAAACCGUUCGGAUGCCGACACUGCGGCAAGCGCUUCGCACAGGCGUCCAACAUGAAGGCUCACCAGCGGAUCCAUACUGGAGAGAGACCCUUCCACUGCCCCCUCUGCAGCCGCACCUUCACACAGCUCAGCAGCCUGAAGACUCACCAGAGGCUACACGGACGACACAACACACACACACACUGCUGACACACACACAAACACACACACACACACCCUGGCCCCAAUCAAGAACACUUAAAAUUGACCUAGCCUCCUUUUAGAACAUAUCUGUGUGUGUGCGUGCGUGCGUGCGUGCGUGCGUGCGUGCGUGCGUGCGUGCGUGUGUGUGUGGUUAACGGUUAUCUUCCACACACCUUGUUGGUUUGUCUCUGAAGUAAUCAAGUAUUAGGAAAUGGAUCACACACACACACACACACACACACACACACACACACACACACGCACACAGUAGGCAUGUCCCCGGACUAAGCCACGAACAAAUUAUAUUAUCAGAAACUGAAGUAAACAAGUACAUCACAACAGGAACUCUGGAAUAAAUAAAUUAAUAAAUACAUAACUCAUCAAUACUCAAUAAAUAUAUUUGGUUUGUAA